UGAAGCUGUUCAGAGACUCUCUGGUAGAAGAAGGAACAAAUGGACUUUGGCUAUGGAGGAAACAGCAAUGAUUCUAGUGAAGAACCAGAGCAUUUCAAUAAUGGACGGAGGAAAAAGCUGUAUCAUCGCCACACUUCUCAACAGAUACAACGGCUUGAAGUGUUUUUCAAGGAUUGUCCCCACCCAGAUGAAAGCCAAAGGCGCCAUCUAAGCAGGGAACUCGGACUGGAAACUAAACAGAUCAAAUUUUGGUUUCAGAACAAGAGGACCCAAACAAAGACUCAGAAUGAUAGAGCUGAUAACAGUGCCUUACGGGCAGAGAAUGAAAAGAUGCAAUUAGAGAACCUUGCUAUUAGGGAAGCACUGAAAAACGUAAUAUGCGUGACUUGUGGUGGUCCUCCUUUUGGGGAAGAAGAACCACAACUUAAUCUUCAGAACUUAAAGAAUGAAAAUUUACAGUUAAGACAACAGUAUGAAAAAAUGACUCAUUUUGUCUCCAACUUUCUGGGAAAGCCAGUGAGCCAAGUCCAGACCCUGUCUCGUCUCCUGGACUCACAGCCCGAUGGUCCACCACCCGGUCAAGGAAUACAGAAAGGCCUUUUACCUUCUCCUCUUGCUGUUGUAAAUUCAAGCAAUCCCAUUAUCACUAGCCAAUUAAAUGGGACAAGAGAUGUGGAGAGACUAGCCAUGAUAGAAGCUGCUCAUACUGCCAUGGGUGAAUUAAUCAAGCUUUUGAGGGUGAAUGAGCCACUUUGGAUUAAGUCACAUAUUGAUGGAAGAUACAUACUUCACAAGGACAGUUACGGAAAGCUUUUCCCUAGGUCCAAUCAUUUCCGAACCUCCACAACCAGAACCGAGUCGUCGAAAGACUUGGCCGUGGUUGCGAUGAAUGCGAGAUACUUGGUUGACAUGUUUCUUGAUACGAAUAAGUGGGAAAAUAUAUUUCCUACUAUAGUUACAAAGGCUAGGACCAUUGAGAAUAUUGAUCCCAGGGUGGCAGGAGAUAAAAUUAUAUCAUUGCAGUUGAUGUACGAGCAGAUUCAUAUUCUAUCUCCACUUGUAGCAGCAAGGGAAUACUAUUUCCUCAGAAUUUGCAAGGAAAUUGAGCAAGGUCUAUGGAUAAUAACAGAUGUUUCCUAUGAUUGUUUUAAGAACAAACAUCAACAUCAGUUACCAUCUCUAAGAUCUUGGAAACUCCCUUCAGGCUGCAUGAUUCGCGAUAUGUGCGAUGGGAAUUCAGAGGUUACAUGGAUAGAACAUGUGGAAGUAGACGAUAGGACAUCGACUCAGCGUGUGUUCAGAGAUUUAGUCUGUGUGGCUGGUGCAUAUGGAGCUCCAAGAUGGCUAAGUACCCUGGAGAGGAUGAUUGAAAGAUUUGGAUCUGAAUCAGCAUCAAACUCAUCACCCGGGGUGAUCCAUGUUCCCGAAGGUAGGAGAAGUGUAAUGGAUCUUUCUCAAAGAAUGGUGAAAAGUUUUUGUGAGAUGUUAAGUAUGUCUAGUACAGGUAAAAUGGAUUUACCCCACUUAGCUGAACUGAACAAUAAUGGUGUUCGAGUUUCCGUUAGGCAUAGUGAUGGACCUGGUCAACCCGGUGGCAUAAUUGUGAGUGCCACUACCUCUUUAUGGCUCCCUUUACCCGGCCAUAUUCUCUUCAAUUUUCUAAGGGAUGAGAAAACGCGAACAGACUGGGACAUGCUUUCUGAUGGAAACCCAGUAAACGAAAUUGCAAGGAUUUCAUGUGGGAACCAUCCAGGGAAUCGAAUCUCUGUUCUUCAGCCUUUCAAUCCCAAAGAAGGACAGAUGAUGAUGCUUCAAGAAAGUUGUAUAGAUUCAUCUGGGUCAGUUAUAGUGUAUGGACCAAUUGAUUUCCCUGCGAUAAAGUCGGUUAUAAAUGGAGAUGAUUCUGGUCAUAUUCCCAUAUUACCUUCUGGUUUCACCAUCUCUGGAGAUGGCCGGCCUGACAAAACAAACAACAAUGCCGCCGCCGCCGCCGCCGCAGCUGCUGCUUCAACCAGCAGCGACAGUAGUAGCCGGAGCUCCGGCGCUUCAAUUCUGACGGUGGCUUUUCAGAUUUUGGUAUGUUCUAAUCUUCCUAAUGUUAAGGAACAUAGUAUGGAAUCGGUGGCAACUGCAAACACUCUUGUCAGUUCUACAGUUCAGAAAAUUAAAAAUGCUUUGAACUGCCAUGAUGAUCAAUAAUUAUCUCAACACCCCCACCC